UCGUCGCACGAAUCUCAAUGUUUGAAUAUUCUUCCCAUUCAUCUUUCAAUGAAUGGGUUCCUCCGAAUCCAAAUCCAAAAUCUUACAGCUGGAAGAACCUAAUUUUCAACCAGCCAACGUUCGAAGAUCUUCAACGGAGCAAACCCACGAAAAAAUUCCACGCCUUGAACGGAUUGGGAGAGACCCUUCUGCAGAAAAAAAAUGCUGAGGAGUGUUCCAUCUCUCGAUAUUUUCGUUGAUACUGCAGGUGGGGUUCAAGAUGAAGAUCCGGUGAUUGAAAAUGAGGAAAAUUUGGAGAGGACGAUUACGAUCGGCGACAGGAUUAGCGGCGAGUUCAAUUUUGUCAGAGAGAUGGAUUUCUUAUCGAUCAAGGAAGAAGAAGACGACGAAGGCGGCGAAGGAGAAGACGAUGAGAAAGUAGAAGGGUACCGAAACGUGGGUUUCGGAGAAGAUGGUGAAAGAGGAAAAGGGUUUAACGGAGAUGGAGAGUUCGGGUUUAGGGAAGAAGAAACGAGGAAGCGACAUGAGGAGAUUGAUGGAAAUAGGAAUCCACAGAUUGCACAAAACGAUGAGAAAAGAGAUCCAAAUGAGAAAUCGGGUUUUGAAGAAGAGAUUGAACGACCAGCUAGCCCUCCUAUGCAUUUAGCAGCAGGGCUCGGGAUUGAAAAGUUCAAUUUAUAUGGUAAUGAGAUUCAAUUUGAUUUGCCGAGCUUUGAUGACGACAACUGUGAUGGGUACUACAAAAAGAUGCUCGAGGAUUACCCACUGCAUCCUUUGCUUCUCGGAAACUACGCGCAGUUCUUGGAGUACAAAGGAGACAUCCAUGGAGCAGAAGAUUACUAUCGCAAGUGUACACUGGUUGAGCCCAACAAUGGAGAAAUCCUGGUGAAGUACGCUAGAUUGGUGAUGAGGCUUCAUCAGGACAAAGCCAAAGCCUCAAACUACUUUGAACGUGCAGUUCGAGCGUCUCCCGAAGACAGCAAUGUUCUUGCUGCAUACGCGAGUUUCCUUUGGGAGACGAAUGAUGACAGUGGUGGUGAUGAUGAAGAAGAAAAUGGUCGAGGAAAAGAACAAUAUAAGUCUAACAGAUCACAAGACCAGAAUCCAAGCUCGGGACAGGCUGAAACUGAAGAUGGAGAAACAAUGUACCAAUACGCUAAAUUAUUCUGGGAAGUUCAUCGUGACCGUGAUAUGGCCUCGCUCUACAUCAAAAAAGCCGUUCAAGCCUCUCCAGAUGACAGCAACAUUCUUGCAGCAUAUGCUCGGUUUUUGUGGGAAACAGAUGAAUGUGAUGAUGGUGAUGAUGAAGAGGAAAGGCCCGGAUAGAAUCAGGUUCAAGAAUUCUCUUCCUCAUAAGGUCUCUUUGACUAUUGCAGACUUGCAGGUGCAAGUUUUGUCCAAAGCUUCUUCAUGGCCAUAAGUUGUAUGCUCAAGUAAAUAACAGAAGAAAAUGUACUAAUACUUGUUUCAAAAACUUUCUUUUGUGAUAUGAAAACUUUCCCCAAGUAUUAAAUGCAGUUUUGUCAUGGAUUAGUGGAGAA